CGCCAUGUUGCCUCAGAGAACCCUUCGGCUCAGCCGUGCCUCACGGAUACCGCCUGUGACUCAUUUACGACCUGCGCAAAUAAUUCUAAGGCGUAACCAUGGCUCGGAUUCCCGGAGCAGUACACCUACCUCCACCCAAGGCCCGCCGAGAUUUGACUUGAUCAGCGACGCGCUGAACGAGGCGCAUUGGGGACUGGAAUACUUCAGGCGAUUCAUCAAGUUCCUGCUCAUAACGAGCAUUGCGGCGGGUACCAUCGCCGGUGUGGCAUGGGAGGGCGCGCAUUUGUGGGUCGAGUACGUCGGGUUGGCGGCGGAGGCUGACCCGGAGGCGAAGAAGUGGCAAUGGGACAAAGAGAUGGAGCGGUGGUCAGGCACAGAGUCUGGAACGGAUACUGCACUCGGCAUAUGGGCACGCCAUGCCGUGCGAUCGGCGUGGACGUCCAUGCACUGGGGUACGGGCGUGACGGGUAAAGCCGCCCAUUCCGCCGGUCCUAGCUCCAGUACAAACGCAUCACCGCGAGGAUCGGGGUUGAACGCUGUCGAGUUCGAGUUGGAGUUCGCGCACGACGCGCUCGCGAAGGCUCUUGAGGUUGCAAUGCAAAAGCAGGACAAGGGCAAGCUGCACCCGCGUACAAUUCCACAGCUUCACGCUCGUCACGCGGGAGUUCUGGAGGCUAUGGGCGUCCCUGCUGCGCUUGUUGAAGCACGGGAGGAGCUUGAGCAGGCUCUUAGGCAUGGACAAUGGGACGUGUCGGAAUCUGCGCGGGUUGCGUGGAAGUUGGGCGACUUGAACCAGCGUUUGCAUGACGGAGAGGAGGCGAAAUUCUGGUGGUUGAAAUCAAUCGAGCUUUCCGGAGGCGGCUCCUCCCCUUCGUCUAAUGCACCAGUUGCCCCCAUCCCUCAAGUUCUCCCACCGUCACCUUUUGACCAACGCACUCUCGCGUCCGCCCUCGUCUCACUCUCCGCCUUCUACUCGCAAACGGGCAAUUUGAAACAAGCGCGCUCCUUGCAAGAAGAUUCCCUCAAACUCCUUUCUUCCUUCCCCGCACUCUCCGCUUCCACCAGCUCUCCGGCGCAAACGUUGCACACGCUCUACCUUGCCCACCGUACCGCGCUUCUCCGUGUCCACCUUGCUGAGGUCUCCUACGCGCUCCGUUCAUCCUCACAGACCUCGCUCGCCCUCCUGCAAGAUGCUGCGCGCGCGUCGGAGCGCGUGGCACUCACCCUUACAGGCCUGCCCCUCGUACACCCCGACGCUCCCACAUCCUCCAUUCCACAUCCGCCGUCAUCUGACCGGCCCCUGCUACCCUCAUAUCAGAGCUCGCCGUCGAUGAGCGCACCUGCGAAGGGUUUGUUGCGUGACGCGCGACGGUCCGCUUCAGAGGCGUGGAACCUGAUGGGCGUCGUGAUCGAGGCGCAGGCGGGACAGGAUACGGCCAAGGCGCGAGACGCGAUGGAGUGCUAUGAACGUGCGCUGGGGUGGAUCGGCUGGUCGGAAGAAAAGCAGGAGGCUGGGGAGGGUAUUCUUGAGGCGGAGUGGAAGACGAUUUGGCGCAACUACGUGCGCACGAGGGACUUCGUCCGCAAGGAAACACCCCGAAAAUGAAUAUGCAAAGCACACACUGUGUGAGGCAUCUUGCACACGCCAGCGUAGGCUGGCUAUCCCUUACGGAUUAGAUCCUCUAUGCAGUAGCUAUAUAUUACAUAUACUUUCGAUAAUAAUGCUAAUGUCCAGAGAUCUCCGCUCC